AUCCCGGCUCCUCCGCAGGCUCUACCCCCAAUGCCCCGGUGACGGGUUACAAGCGCAUGGUCAUUCCCAACCAGCCGCCUCUGACUGCGACCAAGAAGACAAUGCCCAAACCUCAGCCUCAAGGGGGAGUCCCACCUCCCCCUGUCAGCCCUGUAGCCAAGCCUCAAAGCAACAUGGCUCCUCAGCCUGUUCCAGCCUCCUACACCACAGCAUCGACCCCCAGUCAGCCCACCUUCAAUGUCCAAGUGCGGUCCGCCCAACCUAGCCCUCAGCACCAGGCCCCCGCUGGCUACCACUACGGCCAGCAGCCGAUUCGCAGCCCAGCACAGGUGCAGUACAUGCCGGCCCAGCCCAAAGGUCCCGACUUUGCUUACGGACCGCCACAACCGGGCUUCUCCCCCUCGGCUCAUCAGAUACAGCAGUACCCUGGGGGACCACAGGUCGGGGGAGGAGGCUCCAGGAGACCAGAUCCAGUCCCAGCUCAACCAUACCAACCUCAAGGCCCCAGAAAGACCUACAUCACAGAUGUUCCCCCCAGCUUGGCUCCGUAUACCUCUGGACCAGAUGCCCACCCAAAGGGCGGUGCUCCUGUGGCGCACCCGGAGGACGAACUAGAACGUCUGACCAAAAAGAUGCUGUUCGACAUGGACAACCCUCCCUCCGAGGAAUAUUUCGGACGCUGUGCCAGCUGUGGAGAGAAUGUGGUGGGUGAGGGCACCGGCUGCACGGCCAUGGACCAGGUUUUCCACGUCGACUGCUUCGUCUGCAUGACCUGCAGCACCCACCUGCGCGGCAAACCUUUCUAUGCUGUGGAGAAGAAGGCGUACUGUGAGCCUUGCUACAUCAACACUCUGGAGACCUGCAACAGCUGCAGCAAGCCGAUCAUGGAGCGCAUCCUGCGGGCCACGGGGAAGGCCUACCACCCGCACUGCUUCACCUGCGUGGUGUGUCACCGCAGCCUGGACGGCAUCCCUUUCACCGUGGACGCCUCCAACCACAUCCACUGCAUCGAGGACUUCCACAAGAAGUUUGCUCCACGCUGCUGUGUGUGCCAUGAGCCCAUAAUGCCGGCACCGGGCCAGGAGGAGACGGUCCGUAUCGUGGCCCUGGAUCGUGACUUCCACGUGCAGUGCUACCGCUGUGAGGACUGUGGCUCUCUGCUUUCUGAGGGGGACAACCAGGGCUGCUACCCUCUGGAUGGACACGUCCUCUGCAAAAACUGUAACACCAGCCGCAUCCAGGCGCUCACCGCCAAGGCCACCACUGACCUCUGAGCGGCCAGCCUCCCGUUCAGCUCCACUGUGAUUACCCAGCCAGCACUCUUUCCUUCCUUCUUUCUUUCAUGCCUGCAUUCCCAUCCACCAAAGCCCACUCCCUCCAGCAUCCACGCCGUAUAUCCUCCUAUAUUUAUAAUCACCUAAAAAUUAUGAGAAACGAAAUCACGUGUAGCACUGACGCGGUACAAUCACUGCAGGGAAGCAUUUUGUUAUUAAACUCUGCUUUAAAACCUCUAAUUACAUUACUUUUUAUAUUCCCUGCCACUAAUCAAAAUAAUCCCACAUUUAUAUUAUAAGUCACCCUCUAUUGCUGGGCCUCAGGCUGCAUGAAUGAUUAUUUAUCAGCCCAAAUGUUUCUCCUCCAGUCUUCCCUCUUUGAAAACCAGUGUGCCUCACCAGUAUACAGCCUUGUUGGCACAUCUACCCAGCCCGCCUGUGAGGUCAUAGAUAUUUCUAUUUGUCUGGCUCAGAUUUAUGCUUUUUAUUUGUUCCUACUCAUUCAAAAAAGGAUGAAAUGACGCCGUGCCGAACAGAACACGGCGAACGGACACCAAAGACCUGACUUCAAACCUCAGCGUUUCCUCAUUUGAUGUACAUGUUUACUAAAUGUUUUUUUACUUUAUGCUGAAUCAGGACCACAAACAGUACAUACAAUCAGCUCUGAGUGUGAGGAACAAAACUCCCCAACAUUCGACUUUUUGGUGCCUUUAUGAUGCAGUUUCUGCCGCAUUCGGUAGAUUAACUUUAAUUGGACCAAACAAUUUUAUUAUCUAUCCGCUCUUCAGAUUGAUGCAUGCAAUGACUACGCUCCUAUGCAAUUUUCAGCCUUAAGUGCAUUGACACUUUAGAAAAAUGAAAUGAUGAAUAAGGAAAAUAUUUUACUUGUACAUAUCAGAAUUAAAGUGUCCCUAUAGCAACCCUUAGAUCCACGCUCUGAUGUACUUUGAGGUACUCGUUGUAUCGCUGUGCUGUAUGCCAGUAUUUACACUCAGCUUCUAUGUUUAGUGUUAGUUUGAAGUUAAUGGGAGAACAAGGGACCAAGACAGAUUGCCUGAAAAGUAUUUUUCCGCUAUCGUUAUGUAAUCUGCCAAACAAAACAGUUUGUUUCGUCUUUCUCUUCUGUCUGAUUGCUUCAAUUAGACUCAUAAGUAUUUAUGACAGGGCUAUAAGGUACCGUGUGAAGUUAGAAACGUUAGCUGAUAGUUGUUUUCUGGGACAUGGCUCGCAGAGGAAGAGCUCAGUCCACACAAAAAAAGGUGAAACAUGUUAAAUGUGGAGGAUCGGAUCCACCGAUAAACGAUCCCGUUUAGUGGCUGGUUAAGAAACCUCCCAGGGUACCUUUAAGCUGUCAGCAUAGUGUAAAAUAAAGACCAGUAAAACUCUAUUUCUGAUUUAAUUAUGGACAAAGACUUUAAUUAUAGUAUUUUCUCUUCCUAUUGUUUAUUUUACUUAUGUGUUCUAGUGACAAAUGAUGCUAUAAAGAAAUGAAAAGAAAACCUGUCUGCAGUCUGCAGACCAGGAUGUGAUUAGACUGGGGCUAUAUCGUUACCAUGGGAACACUUUGUAAACAUAUAUGCUAAUAAUACUUUUUUUCUGGUAACUCUAAGUGCUACAUUGAUAAUUGUUGACACUUUUUCCUAAAAAUAGCCCAAACUCUGGAACUGACGUGUGAUAUUCAGGGUGAGAAGGUGGCAGGCUGACAGAUAGAAUAAAGCGCCUUGAGCAGGAAGUAAGCGAUAACUGCUCCUCCAAAAGGUUAGAAAACCUGAACUCCCUAAUCCUCCAGGAUUUUCCCAUCAAUAUUUGGAGCCAGUUGGGUUUUUUUUUUUUUUUUUUUUUGUGGCCAAUUUCUAUGUCGCAUUCCAAACCAAACAGACUGUAGAACUUGGACAAAUAGGGCAACAUUCAGACAGAUUGUGCUUUAUUUUAAAUUACACCUCAGCUACUCUGAAUAAAAUGUUCUUCUCUUGGUUAACAGACAUUUUUCCUUCAGACAACCCAUUAAAAAUAAUUAGGACCAGUGCUUGUUUAUUUCUAGGUUUUGAUUGUAAGCACUAUUGUGUUGAAGCAAAAGUUAGCUAGCAAGUGUUUUAAAACGAUUAGCCAUUGUGUUUACACACAAAAAAAAACUAUUAAAGAUUAAUGGGAUAGUUCAACUGUUUUCUAAAUGUUAUGUAAAGUUAUCAAAGGUUGAUAUUUAUCAUUUUGGUUGUACAAUGGUAGAGAUCUGCUCUUGCUCAUCGAAGGCUAACAGUUAGCAAGGCAGCUAUAGCUAGUUUAGCUGAUGGUAGCAGCUUGAAAUAAUUUAAAUAUAGUAGCAUUUAUUAAAUGUGUACGCAGUGAAAAGAAACGGUUGACUUUUAGGGGAACAACAGCCGUGUUACUACUUGGUGGAAAACAUGCCUGCUCAGCUGUAAACCAUCAGUUGUGAAGUGUGCUAAUGAUGCUAACGCUAAAGCUAGCCUUUUGACUGUUGAUAUUUGUGCAAGUUUUCAGUCUGUUCCCAAAAGCUCUUGUCCAAUACGUUAGGCAGCCCAUAAAAAUAAAUUAACCUACUUCUUUAGUCUUUUUUUUUUACCACAUCAAAUAUGCUAAAUUAUGUAAAAAACAUGAUUUAAAAAAUUUUGGUUUAUGUAUCUUGGUUAUAAAUAAUUAUAGUGAAAGUUGAUAUAAAUAGCUAAACCAAGCUUAAACUGUAUUUUUUCACUUUUAUAUAAUUUUUGUUAUAUGGCUUUUUAAAAUAACUUUAGAGUUUGUGAACCGUCCCUGUAAAAUAAAGAUUAUCGACCUUCUGCUUUUAGAUCUGCACUAAAUCAUUCCUGUAUGUCGGUGCCAUGUAUGAGCUUUUUUUUUUUUACAAAGUGUCCCCAUGUUUUAUAUAGUCCAUUUCUGUGAAGCAUCAUAUAGUUUACAGUUUUACAUGAGACCUAUGAUUCCAGAAGUGAAAAGAUCAGAGGUCUAUGUUUUCUGUUUCGUCUGUAAAAGUGCCUUUAGCAGAGCAGUAUCAGAUCACUGGACUGUUGCUGUUUAUCUCCUUUCUAGCUCGGCCACCAAUACUUUGUGUUGUUUACCUGUUUUUUUAACCAAAGUGAAUAAAGCUUCUCUCUAGUUUGGACCAUGCCUCCAGCAGGUCUGAGUUUAAAAUGUUGAUCAGAGUGAAUUUUUCCAGCCGGUUGUUAAAGCAAAGCAUCUGUCCUGAUUCUGUACAGGGGCCAUCAUGUAGUCCUGUCUUUCUUUUCCUCUUCAAUAAAAG